AAAAUACCUCAGUCUUGCUGUGCCUUCUGGAAGGUUUAGCUGAACGAGGCAUUGCUUGCUCACCAGGAAACAAUACUCUCUGCCUCCUACACUCAACCCUUCUCUCUCUCGCGAAAACUCGAGUCGGUCGGAAAACGCGAUAAGAAGCCACGAGACGACUGCCGCCUGCCACGUCCACAGCGUCGGAGGCGCCUAGCCGCUUCUUGUACUCCUGGACAACGAACGCUCCCGAUCUCGAUCCCUAGAUUCACCUACACCUCGCGUUUAUUGCCAUCUCUGCUGCACGUUCAGUUGGGAUCGAGAAACGAUUACGAGAGAAAAGCAGCGCCUUGUGAAGGAGCCUUGGACCACGACUUCGCGGAUCUGCUAGAAGUAAAACCACGCCUGCAAUCAUCAUGGUCGUGGAGAGGGACAAUGUGGUCCUUUCGGACACUGAGGGUGGAGAGAAAUCAGCGCGAGAGCAGCUGAAAAAGGCCAACAUCCAGGAUCCGAACGCCAAGCGGACAGACGACGAUAUCGAAGAUGCGCCUGCCCCAACGAGCGCCGCAGAUGCCGAGGCUAUCUACGAGAGCAGCGGGCAGCGAGGCAGGAUACAGCGGAAGCGAAGCUUUGAAGAGGUGGAGCCUGAACAGUCCGAGCCAGCAGCAUCCGCGCCCUCGAAGCUGCAUAACCGGAAGAGAUCACGAGACAGCACGGCUGAGGAGUAUGCACUAAACAAUGGCCAACGCAAAACUUCUGGCGAGCGGUCAAGAAGCGGUGAUGAGACAGAAGGAAAUGGUGCAAGGUCGAAUGACGGGUUGAACAGUCCGCGCUCGACUACGCCAGAUCUUGGGACUGACAAGGAAUCAGCAGCGGAGGCUGUGGCUAGUCCAAAGACUAAGAGGAGCCGACUACACUCCACGUCUGCAGACCCUGAGGCCACGGUUGCGGAAAGCAGUGGUCUGACAACAUCCAGCGCGCUGAUAGAUAAGUCCAACGCAUCGACAGCCGAGUCAAAGACGGAUGCUUCGCAAGGCCUUGCGGGCAAGAUCCAGCCGGGUGGUGGGUUUGCGAAUUCUUCUUCCUCAUCACCUUUCGGCGCUCUUGCUGGAAGUAAGCCCCCUUCUGCCGAGACGUCUUCCAGUGCCUUCGCUUCGUCCAAAUUUGGCGCUCUCGCAGGCUCAUCGUCUUCUGGUUUUGGCGCCCUUGGCAAUACCACCGGCGGUCCUGGACUCGGUGGUGGUUUUGGUAGUGGGACCAAGAGUCCCUUGGCAUCUACAAACAAGGCAGCGCCCGAGACGUCUGGUAGCGCGUUUGGUGGUGCUCUAGGUCAGCAGUCAUCUUUCGCUACUGCUCAGAGCGGUUCUGCUUUUGGUUCUGGUGCUUCUGGGUUCGCCAGCCUCGGAGGAGUCAGUAGUGGUGGCUUUGGAGGCGGUCUUGGUGGUACUGGCUUUGGCAGCUUGGGCAGCGGUGGUCUGUCAAGCUUCGCAAGCGGCAAGCCUGCUCCUGCUGCCAGUAGCUCAAAGCUCGCAAAGCCUUUCGGCGCAGCGGCAAACUUGGAGGAUGCUGAGGAUGGGGGAGACGAGGAAGACGACGGAGCCGGGUUCAAGAGUCCACUUUCUCAGGAUUCUGACAAACAAGACGAGCGCUUCUAUGCUCAAGACAUCGAGACUGGCGAGGAAGGCGAAAUGACAGAGAUGACCUGUCGCGCGAAGCUAUACAACUUUGCGCCUGGCGAAGAUGGUAAGAAGGAAUGGCGCGAACGUGGCGUGGGGAUCCUUCGACUGAACGUUCAACGGCCUCUUCAUGAUGAUGACGAUACCAAGACUACAGCACGCUUGCUCAUGCGAGCCGACGGUUCGCAUCGAGUGUUGUUGAACACCCCGGUUCUGCCACAGAUCAAAUUCGGGCAGCCAGACGGCAGCAGACCGACCGGGAGCUACGUGUACUUCAUGGGAACAAUUGACGACAAGAAGGAAUUGCAACUUCUACAGCUCAAGGUCAAAGCUGUGAACGCUCUUGAGCUAUUCGACAAAGUCAAGGCCUUACAAGAGGAGAUGUAAAUCAUAACGACCAUUAGGGGAAAUAAAUCUGGGGCGUUUGGAGCGACAGAUGCCAAGCAACUUGGGCCGGGUUCGAUCAAGCAAGCAUUAUACCCUCUGGCAUUUCUUAGCUCACUCACAUUGGUGGAGAAGAGGAGCUUUGGAAAGAGGUCGCAGCUACGCAUUGUGGGUUUUGACGAUCUGGUAAGUCGAGCUUGAGAUUGCAUUGCGGUCGGAAAGAAUCCAGAAGUACACCCUUACAUAGAACAGAAGGUAUGCCGUUGU